AUGGCCAAGGAAAAGAAAUCACGUCAGCAACCUGAGCCUGCCAAGGAUGCGACACACAACCCCGACAGUUAUGCAAUUCCAGUCGACACCACAGCGUCGUAUUUUCCCGCCUCGGAUGCAGCAAGUCACUACUCCAAGGAAACAACCACAUCUGACCACAGGAAGAGUAAGAGCUGGACAAAGUCGCUGAAAAAGGCCACCAACUCGAUCCUCUACAUGGCCAUGCCCCCAACAAGCGUCGACCAUGUCCCUAUGAUUGUGGCCCAAACUCCCAUGUCGCCCGACCGUCUGAUCCCGACAGUGCACUCGCCCAUCUUACAGUCGACCGCAUCUUCUAUCAUGACCAUCGCCCCUACUUCCUCAAGUACAACCUCUGUACCUAUAUCAACAUCGACGACAGCAGCACCAUUCAGACCCAUAUCAGAGACAGCUGCAUCCUCAACUGCCUCGGUCACAACGACUUCCAUUGCCUCGUCAUUAUCAUCAAGUCAACGGCGUCACCACCACGACACUAAUGUCGGUCUCUGGGACGCAACUGCUACUACCGGAGCCCUGCCAGGACAGCCAGAGUCAAGUGGGAUCGCAGCACCAUACACGAACAAUCACCACCCUACCCAGUACACUUCCUCCUCGACGACUUCCUCAACCUCAACUCUAACACGGAUGGCGGGCAAAGGCAAGGAGCGAGCAGAACCUUUGCACUCGGGCGCCUUUUACGAUGGCAUCGAAGCAGAGGCGUAUGCGACUUCCCUCGAUUAUGACAAUUCCGAGCGUACCUCCUUGGUCUCACCUCCUUCCUCUCCUCCCAACCAAACCAACCACAGCGGCAGUAGGACGAACGGACACCACUCUCUGACAACGUUUGUUAUUGAAGCUGCAACUGCUGUCCAACCAGAACAUGAGGACAGCCAGGAGGCGCUCCCUUCGCCCCCACCAUCACCCAUCAACGUUCUGCAGAAGCAGGAGAAAGUCAAGCCUGUGUCGCGCAGGGAGUUUCAGAAAGAAUAUGGGUACCAGCCGGAGGUUUUGGAGGUGCAGGACGUCAUUCAGGCGCGAUCGAUUUCACACUCUACCACAAGCAUCAGCGCCUCUACCGAGCCCCAGAAAGCAGAAAUCGUGACCGUCGAGACGCGAGAGUUCAACCAAGAGCUCCUUCCCGCGAUCCCCAACAAUAUCUCCCGGUUCAGUUUUGCAGUGGAUCCUGAGUCAGAGUCAAGCCACUCUACCACCGCAUUUUCGACAUCUGAGAUCGAUACAACAUCCAAGGUUGCCGCCGAGGUUCCAACUGUUCCAGUGGUUGAAACUCGACAGGAUAUUGUCUUUGUCAGCUACGAGGAGGAGCCUGAACCAUUGCCGCCCGUUCGCACAGCACCUUUACCCCCCAUCCCACAGCAAUCUCAGCCCCAAGCUCCGCCUCAGCGUCUCCAAAUGUCCGUCUCUGCACCGGUUCCACAAGCAUAUUCAACUACCACCAAUGCCCGUGACGCUGCUCGCAAGGAACUCACCAUCGAUGUUAGCGCGCCCUUGCCUCCUUCUAUAUCCUCUUCAUCUAUCAACGCCGCUGCCAACACCACGAGGAGGCAAAAGAGCAAGAGCAUGGUCGUGGACGCAGCAGGAUUCCCCAUGGUCUCUCCACGCGCCUUAGCCCUCACACGGUCGCUGUCCAACAGGAAUAAUGCCAAGCCCCAGCCUGUCAAGAAGGCCCCAUGGCUCUGGCACCAGGAUGGGGUCCACCAGCAGCGUCUUGAGUCUCAUCAGAUCUUGACCAAGGAGCAGGUCUUUGAGCAAUACCGUCUCGAUCUGGAGACCGAAGGCCCUAACGGUUUCUUCCUGUUCAAACUGGUGAAGAAAUUCAGGCGUCAGGACCCUUCAUUGGAGGCCAUCUCGUCGACCUUGUUGGAUGCCGAGAUCACUUCUUCUCCUGUCUCGAACUCUCCCUCCAGCCCCACACCAACCUCGAUCCUUGACAACCUUGACGCCAGCUCCGUCUCCCAGAAGCUCAAGCGCCAGUUGUUGUUACAGAAGCGCAAGAAGCAGCGCGGCAGCAAGAAUUCGGGUGACGGCGAGGAGGAGGAUCUCAACUUGGAAGCACUGCUGAAGAUGUCGAACAACAACACCAGUCUCCAGAACCUGAACUCAUCCCUCCAGGAAGUCAUUGAUGCCGUUGACAGUCUGAAGGAGUCUCAGGAAUGGACCAGCUUGUUGGAUCGACCCCAGGACUAUGCCCAUCAACGAUCCCAGAAGCCUGUCUUCCCCGACAGUGAUGGAGAGUACACAUCCAAGGACAAGGAUCCCGCUCAAAUCGAUGCUCUCGAGAGAAGAAAGGGUGUGUAUUCAACUGGUCGAACAGAUGGCACCAACUUGAUCUCAAAGAAGAAGCAGAGGGCCUUGCAGCGACGCUCCUCAGUCACGACAUCUGCAGCAGGAGCAGCACCAGGAGGCGGAUCUCGGAAGGGAAGCAAUUCACUUUCGUCAAGUGGUCCUGUCGACUUGGAGUCUGGUUCUGUGGAAGGUCCCUCUGGUAACAAUGAUCGCCGUGGAUCUGAAGCGGCGGUGGCGGCCGACGGAGGAUCACAAUUCAAGAAGCAGGCAAUUGCGCAGCUUCACAUCUACAGUCGCAACGGUCUCAAGUUCAAGUUUGAUGUGAUGCAAGACAACGAGCUCCACUUUGUCGAGGCCUCCAAGAAGUACACAUUCAUGGACCCACUUGCAGCCCACCGUCAGCCCAACUUGGAACGGUCUGGCAGUGGCAGGACAACCCUUUCGCCUCUCAACUCGCCUACCUCUGCCAACCCACCUCCUCUCCCGCCACACCAUCCCAAUGGCAGCAGGAGCAAUGGACGUCGCGCCAGUUCGGCUACCGCGGUCUCGACAGUCUCGGAUCACAGCCGUGUUACGAUCUCCCCUGGCAGCGCUCCUCAUCGCUCUAGCAGCACAAGAAGCAAGAGCACUGUUGGAUCUACGUCUGGUGGUCGGAGAGUGUUUGUGACCCGGCUUGGUCGACACACCCUGUUGACAUAUCCCGAGUACAAGGUGUUGGCCAAGUCUGCCAGUGGAUUCACCCUUGGUGCCAAGCUGCUGCUUCAACGAUCCAUCGCCGUCGCGACUCCCAGCUUCCACGGCAAGGACUCUUCACCCACCCUGCAGCAGCAGCAGCAACAAAACAAUGGAUACGACGCUGGCACACCCAUCAGCCCCACCAAGAACUAUUCUGCCACACCCACUCCAAGCAGCACCACCACCAAUGGAACAGGCGAGUCGGACUAUUUCAGUCUCAAAAAGAAACCCCGUGCCAUUAGUGGGUUUGCUUCCAAGGCUGUUGCGGCUAUCAAGGCACCCUCAACUCCUGGCGCCUCAUCCAACUCCAAGGCGACGACCCCUAGACCCAUCGUCACCCCUUACAACCCCGCCGAGUACAAGAACAAGUCACUGGCUGUCUCUGCGAAUGCACCUGUGGUGACUGCCAUGGCCGAGGAACCCCCAUCGUUGAAUGGAACGAAUUAUACCCAAGGAGUCGAUAUACCCCGGCCAUCCGACUCCUCAUACCCGAUGCUGCCCACGUCGCCCUCUCCUCUGGACUUGUCGUCUCCUCCCACACCAGCCAACCUGUCAUCAUCGCCCCCUCCCAUGGCCAUCCCUUCGUCGUCGUCUUCGUCAAACCCUUACAGCUCGACCAUUAAGCGCCAGGGUAACCAAGCAGGCCUCAAGUUCCAGCAUCUGUUCAUUACAGUCCACCAGCGGCUCCAAAAGCUCGAGUUGGACGGUGGUCCCUCGCUCUAUUCUUCGCCCCUGGUUCAAUGGACGGUCAUUGAGGACCCUGCAGAAUUGCGCUGGUGGCGUGACAAGAUUGGUAUCCAGAUGAUUGGUCGUCUCGAGGGUGAUGAGUUGCUGAAUGGCGGCUCGUCGUUUUCAUAUUCUCUCGGUGGUCCCAAAACUCGGCAGCAAGGAACCAUAUCAGCCCUUACGUCGGCCAUCAGUGUUCGAUCGUCAUAUAUGUCUGCCCAGAGCACCAUCUCGGAUGCGUCCUCGUCGCUGUCAUCGUCCACCUAUAAGAGCCAGGUCUCGGUCGAGCGGUUGGGGUACCGGUUCUUAAGAGUCUCGGGUCACAUGGGUACCUUGAAGGUCACUGUCUCGGAGCAGGUUGAGGCACGUGCGGUGGCAUUGGCAGUGCAAGCCGAGAUGCUUCGCCAGAAGAGAGUGGCUCGUAUUCAACAAAUGCAGCAGCAAGGUCGCCGCCCUUCGUUGGGAAAUGACCUGUUAACCGAUCAGACUUGGGUCGAGCUAGCUGAUACGUUCGAGACUUUAGAUGCCGACUAUGUUGAUGAGGAGGAUGAGAGUUUUGAGGAGGAUAGCGAGAUUGACGGUAGCAGUGGGGAUGAAGAAGCCCGCCGUCUUCGCCAUCGCCAACAAAAGCUGCAGAGGAAGAGGCAGCAGCGACAACAGCAGGAGAAGUUGCAGAGGAGUAAUAGUGGUGGUGGAGGAGGAUUUUAUGACAUGUACGAGUAUGAUGAGUUUACGGGCCGGACACACUUGAAGAAGGACCCGAGCGUGGACCGGUUUUCGAGGCGGAAGAGACAUGACCAGGCGGCGGCCAUGGAAAAGAAGACUAAGCAGCAGCAACCCUUGAUUGAGAGGAUGACGAUGAUUGUUGGGCAGGCCAAGGUGUUCAAGGGCGACUGGUACAUGAAGAACGUCUACAAGUUCCAUCUAUAG